AUGCCUAAAUUCUUCUGCGACUACUGCGAUGUCUACCUCACGCACGACUCCAUGUCCGUGCGCAAGGCUCACAACAGCGGCCGAAACCACCUGCGCAACGUGGUAGACUACUACCAGCAAAUCGGACACGAAAAGGCGCAGUCGGUCAUCGACUCCAUCACCUCCUCGUACGCCGCCGAGGGCCAGGCCCACGCGAACCCGAUGCUUCUCCAGAACCAGCCCGGCCAGGGAUUCCCUGCGUUUGGCUUCCCCGGAGGCAUCCCUCCGCCAUUCCCAGGCAUGCCCGGCGCUCCUCCCGGUCAAUUCCCCGCCGGCCUCCCACCGCCUCCAGGCGGCCGCGGCCUCGGCAUCCCCGGCAUGCCCCCCUUCCCUCCCGGCCCCAACGGAAUGCCCCCGAUGCCCCCCAACGGCCUGCCCUUCCCUCCGCCCGCCGGCCUGCCCCCCUUCCCUCCCCCCGGAGCGCCCGGUGCCCCCGCUGCUGCUGCCGGUCCUGCUGCUGCUGCUGCUGCUGCUGCUGCUGCUCCCGGUGGUCUCCCGCCGCCGAGCUUCCCCGGUAUGCCUGGCAUGCCCGUGCCUCCGCCGGGGCAGCACGCGUUUCCGCCGCCUGGGUUCCCGGCGGGAGGACCGCCUCCUGCGCCUGGACAGGAUAGGCGAUGA